AUGUCGGGGUUGAGUUUCCAACCUGUUGUACACGGUAGUAUGGUUCACAUCAUGGGCAUCCAAUGGCCUCCUCCCGUCAGGCCUGGCAUCGAUCCGUUUGAACGUGAGAUUUCCCUGGAAAUCGAGUGCUUGUGUGGUAAAAUUUCCGCUACAAUUCACGGUCAUGUCCCCCUCCAGCGCAUCUGCCAUUGUCGCGAGUGCAAGAAAAUUACCGGCGGAACCCACGGUGACUUCUUGCUCGUCCGGAACAACAGCAUGCUUACUUGGAGGUGCAACACUGCAGAAUUGAAGGCUUUCUCUUACUAUGUCGGAGAGGAAGAAACAGAGAACAACGUCAAGAACGUCUUCCGCUGCCCCACUUGUUGUACUCCCAUUUUCGUCGGUCAAGGAAACCCAAAUUCCAAUAUAAUGCUGUUCUUCGUCGGCUGUCUCGCUGACCCCACGUGGCUGGAUGACCAUAAGCCCGAUUCCGAGACUUUCACGGGAGACAGGUGCGCUUGGCUGCCGCUUAUAGCUCCACCCUCAGCUCCAUCCCCCGGGCCGCAGCCGAAGUCAGAAUAGAAGGAUAUCGAAAUGGCGUCUCUGGACGAAUAUUAAGUUAAUCGGAGAUCUCGUUACCCCGAGUCGCGGACCUGAACGACGAUGUGUCUUGGUCGCGUGGCGUAUACGUUAAUAAUGUAAAAUCUUCUCUUCGUAACCUCUUGCUUUUAUCUUCAUGUAGGUAGCAUCGGCUUCGCAUCGGCUUUAUCGUUCGGUUUGGUCGCAUACGACCUGCGAGGAAUGCAAUAGAUGAUGUGAUAGCAAUACGAAUAGGCAAGAUAGCCAAUAUUCAUAAUGCAUGACACACCGUCGCUGAUAUUCACCUUG